AUGCGGAUAGGCGCAGCUGCGACCGUUGCCGCCUUUGCUGGCUGGUUAGGGGUUGGUCUGGCACAUAAUAUCCAAUUGAAGGCACAUACAAGAGAAUGCUUUCAUGAAGAACUACACAAGGAUGAUAAAAUGACAGUCACCUUCCAAGUCGGCGAUCGUGAAUUUGGCGGUGCUGCCAAUUUGGACAUUGAUUUUUACAUCACGGAUCCUUCUGGCUCGUAUGAGACACAAAUCAACGCAGUGUCUUCCGGCGACUAUUCUUUCGAAGCUCGACAGGAUGGUCGAUAUAUCUACUGCUUCAGCAAUGAACAUUGGUCGGCGAACAGCAAGGAAGUCUCAUUCAAUGUCCAUGGUGUUGUCUAUGUACCUGAAUCUGAGGCGCCACAGGAUCCUCUGGAGACAGAAAUCCGUCAACUUUCCGACCUUCUAGCACAAGUCAAGGACGAACAAGCCUACAUCGUGAUGCGAGAGCGAACCCACCGAAAUACCGCAGAGAGCACAAACGCAAGAGUCAAGUGGUGGUCGAUAUUCCAGCUUGGUGUUUUGAUCGGAGAAGGUGUAUUCCAAGUCUGGUGGCUCAAGCGAUUCUUUGAGGUGAAUAGUCGCCCCCUUCCUUGA